GGGGGGGGGGGGUCGAGUAGAGGGUGUUUUUUCCUCCGCAAAUGACGUGGAAUAGCACGAUGAGCAGCGGCUACAGCAGCUUGGAGGAGGACUCCGAAGAGUACUUCUUCACGGCCAGGACCUCGUUCUUCAGAAAACCGUCGGGAAAAGUCACCGUGAGCCAGGUGAGCCAGGAUGUGGAGAAGGAGAGAGAGCUGCGUACGGAGUUCAGCAGGGAGGAGAUCAGGCAGAGGAUCGAGCAGUACAACAUGCUGACUAAAGACCACCUGAAGAUGACCCUGAAUCCUACUGGUGCGUAUACUGGUUUCAUCAAAGUCCAGAUGGACCUGAGGAGGCCGGUGACGGUGCGGGGGGGUCAGAGAGGGGCGGGGGGAGGCCGGGGGGAGGAGGCCUUCUAUCUGCCCAGAGGAGUCACCAACACCCUCCACAUCAGCUCCAAUAACACGGUCAAACAGGUGAUCGCUGCCUUGCUGAACAAGUUCACAGUCGCAGACAACCCGGCCAAAUACGCCUUGUACAAACGCUAUCGCAGGGAGGAGCAAGUGUACGUGUGUAAGCUGGCGGAUGGCGAGCAGCCGUUGUUUCUUCGUCUGGUGGCCGGACCCGAAGGCGACACGCUCAGCUUCGUACUGAGAGAGCAGCAGACCGGUGAAGUCAUGUGGGACGCGUUCUCCAUCCCAGAGUUGCGCAACUUCCUGCGGAUCCUGGAGAAGGAGGAGAAGGAGCAGAAGGAGGCGCUGCAGAGGCGCUAUGACGCGUAUCGCCUGAGGCUGCAGGAGGCGCUGAGGGAGGUCCGAGGGCCCUCUUAGGAGGCUUUAACCGCCAUGAAACGGGAACACUGCCCCCUACUGGGCCGGAGGAGGUGAUGCUUUUAAUUUUUUAAUUUUUUUUUUAAACCUCCUACGGGGAGAAAGAUGGUGUAUAUUUUGAUGGAGAGAAGGACGUGAACGCAGAGAGAAAAGAGGAUCCGGCGCCUGGAAGAAAGAGGGAUGAUAUAAAGGACGUAAACUGACGGACGGCAAGCGACUAGGGACAUAAAGGACAAAAGGUCUGGACGCUGGAGUUAAAGCCCGGAUUAAAGACUUCAAACUGCUGCCUGCUCACACCAAAGAAACCUUCACUGUGCCAUCCUCAUCCUCCUCUUCUU